UUUCUGGGUUAAAUUAAUGAAAUAAUAGUUAAUUAGUGAUGCAUUAUUGAUGGUAGAAUUAGACAACAUAAUUGUGAUUACGUCAUCAAUAACCUCCUCAUUUAGGCUUGUGCCAAAAUGGGGGAUUAUUUUAACACGAGUGUAUCCAGAAAAGGUAAGAGCUUUACUAUCUUAUUCAUUUCGCAGUCUAUUCAUUUGGCAGUCAAUUAACAAUGAAUCUAAUUAACAAAGUUAACGCCCACCUAUGAGAUCCACUCUCAAUAGCAAUGGAUUGAAAAUGAAAAGAAUGUUAAUUUAUGCCUUUAAUUUAGUCCAUCAUCACCUUGAUCAGCCAUAAUGUCUGUACCGAAAUCUAUCUCCAUCAAAUGCUGUCACCAAAACACUUUGAAAAUUAUGACAAAAUUUAUGACAAAGUCUCUAAUUGGAUGUUUUUUUUCCUCUUUCCGCCCUUUAUAAAUUCCAAAGUCAUGAAGGUGGAAGUCUCGCGGUCCUCUUCAAAAAGACCAUGGAAGAAGAAAAUAAGAAGGGCAGCGGAGAAGGGGGACCAAGUGUUCGAUACAGAGGGGUGAGGAGGCGGCCGUGGGGGAAAUUUGCGGCAGAGAUUCGAGACUCAAACAGGCGUGGAGCUCGUGUAUGGCUGGGAACUUUCAACACGGCAGAAGAGGCUGCACGAGCUUAUGACAGAGCCGCCUUUGCAAUGAGGGGUCCCUUAGCCGUUCUCAACUUCGCCCAUGAACAUGUGUCAUCCGAUGCCACUUCUCCUCCUCUGGGUUCAUCAACUUCGUCUUCUUCAUCUUCGUCAAUGGCAGCUUCAUUUUCUUCGAAAGACCCAGGAAAAGAAGUUCUCGAGAUCGAGUAUUUGGAUGAUAAACUGCUAGAGGACCUGCUUGAUUUUGAUAACAAAAGCAAGAAGGGAUGAAACUCGGUAUUUUCAUAGGUUCUUAUCCUUCCCGUGUGAAAGCUGUAAUGAGCAUGAGUGCAUCCUCUUAUCCUUGGGUUGACUUUGUUCCAUGAUCAAUUACCUUUCAAUGGUUUUCUUUUUGAAACUAUUAUUGUAUCUCGUAAGUCAUUUCUAUGCACUCUAUGACCAAUUGUACGGACUUAUAGUUGACUCUAACGUGGGUCGGCAAACUUACCAUAUGUUUAUGUAAGCUUUUUCCAUUUUUCCCCCCUUUUUUUUAUGUC